AUGGCGCACGAACUCCUGGGCGGGAAGAUGCCCAAAAACCUGGCAGCCGCCAGCGAGGAGCUUGAGAAAGAUUCCGCAAAAACAAACGGGAAGACCAAGGACAGGAAACGAAAGUCAAAAAAGAAGAAGCAGUCAGUGGCAGAGGCGGAAAGAAAUGCAAAAAUUGAUCUACCCAAGGGCGGGGGGUUUAAAAACAUUUCUGACAAAAAGGAUGAGGAUGACACGUCAUCAUCAUCAUUAAGCGAUGAUGACGAUGAAGGGCUAGAGAUCCACAUUGAUCUCGACAUGGUUGACAUUGAUGGUGAUGAGAAGGCUAAAAGUAACCACAUUAGCGAUGAAGAAGGAGAAGUUGUAGAAAGCCUAGCCAAGAAGGAUGUUAUAACUGUGCUCGACGAGAAUGAAGGUGGCGACGGGGGCGAAUCUCCUCUCGUUGAUCAAGAUGUAGCCAUGCGGCAGCGGAAGUACUAUUCUGCAUAUAUACUGCCGCCGUUUAGGCUUGAGGAGGCGCGUCCUUACUUCGGCUCAACUUCAGGUGUAGACUUUACAGCAGAUGUGAUACAGGAACGAGAGCUUGCCGCUGUAAUGGCGGUAGCCUUUUCAGAGAGUAAAAGGAUAUGUACUGUUUGUACUAAAGUGGGGCACUCGGAAGAUAACUGCCAGGAACUAAAGUGUAAACAUUGUGGAAGUUGGAAUAAGCACUUUUCACACGCCUGCCCAGAUAUCGAGAAGGAUGAAGAAGAAGAGCCACGCGUAAUAGACCAUUGGCGUCGUAUCCCCACUCACCGUCUCAAACCAAUCCAAGCUUCGAAGAAAUCCCUUCCCCUUUACUGCUACAACUGUGCCGGAAGCGACCACUAUGGUGAUGACUGUCCCCGGCGCCCAUCACCUCCAAUUAGCAGUUCCUUCUCAUUGUCAGAAAUCAAUGUAAAUUCUUAUGCGACCCAGGAAUGGCUCUUGGAAUCCGCCGAUAAACUCGAAACCCUUGGAUCAGCUAAAGGAAAUCCUACAUUUGGGGCAGCGGGGACUAAAAUGACGAUGAAACCAACACUGGACCCAUUUAGGGAUAUGCGAAAUUUCGAUAGGGAUGAUCCAUUCCCGAAGCGUGCACCCCCUGCCGGGCCGUCUAGGGGCAAGGACUCUUACAAGUCGAGGAACGCCCAAAGAGAUGGUAAUGGUGUAUCAUACCGCCAGCGGAGCCCUGCCAGGGACCCUGUAUUUGAUAGAUAUCGUGAACCUUUACCGCCCAGGCCGGUCCACGGACUGCCUCCAAGACCUCGCUCACGGUCACGAAGCCCACCGCGUAAUAGGAAUGGCGGCCGACCAGGCGGAGGCGGAGGAGGCGGGGGUAGAGGCGGUGGUGGGGGUGGUGGGGGUGGAGGUAGGGGCAGAGGUGGGGCCCAUAUGUAUGGACCUCCACCAGAAUUUCAUAAUCGCCCUGCAGCUCGCGAACCAAGGAGGGGUUACGAAUCACAUUCACAACCCCCGUUGCCAAGAGAGCCAGCGCCCAGGCGUACAGAGGCAUACAGACCGAUGCCGUCGAGUGCCAAGGGGAACUGGCAGAGGUAUAAGACCUAA